UAAAAAAUAAAAAUAAAAGUAGAAUAAAGGAACUUCCUGUUAGUGCUGCGGUUUUGGCAUGGUGAGCGUGAGAGGAAGUUGUGUGUGUGUGUGUGUGUGUGUGUGUGUGUGUGUGUGUGUGAGUGUGGGGGUAUGUAAUAUAAGGUGAUUCAUCAUGGGUGUAGUGGAUUACACGUCAGUUGGAGAACUGGACACUUAAAAACACAGAGGUAAGAAUCACACUUAUUUAUUUAUUUAUUUAUUUAUUUACUGGUGAACUUAGCUUUGUUUGUUUGUUUCUUUAAUUUAUUUAAACUGAUGAUUGAGUGUUUAUCUGUGGAAAAAAUACUGAUACUGAAAACAUACACACUGUUGUGACUUUGCACAUUUCAUUUUUGUAAAAAUAAAAAACAUGUUAAUGCUCCUCUCACACAGUGUUAAUGAGAUUCCACUGCACUGCCUGCACUGCUCUCAGCCAAUCAGAACACUCUGUGUAAUUAAAAAAAAUGUACUUGUAUUUGAGAAGUGAUUAAAUCCUGUCUCUCUCUUUCUCUCCCUCUCUCUCUCUCUUUCUCUCUGUCACUUUCUCUCUCUCUCUUUCUCUCUGUCUUAAUCAAUGUCUCUCUGUGUGUCUGUCUGUCUGACGGUCUCUCUCUCUCUACCUCUCUCUCUCUCUCUCUCUGUCUCUGUAUGUGUGUGUCUCUCUCUCUUUCUCUUCUGUCCCUCUCUCUCUCUGUCUCUUAGUCACUGUCUCUCUGUCUGUGUGUCUGUGUCUUUCUGUCUGUCUGUCUCUCUGUGCGUAUGCGGGAGUGUGUGGGUGGGGCUGGUGUGUGAGUGAGAGCCCUACAGGGCGAGUGAUCUUUCCUGAACAGAGAGAUGAAAUCAGCAGAGAAACUCGUCAUCGUUUGUUUUCUGUUUAAAGGUGUUUUGUGUAGAGAAUUCUCCAUCAGUCUACCAGAGAGUGUAGAAGCUGUGAGAGGACUCUGUGUUCUCAUACCCUGCAGUUUUGAGAUUGAAGAACAAUAUGAUGGAGAUCUCCAGACAGAUCCUACAGGAAUCUGGUUAAAAGACGGCACUGAUCCUAACAAUAACAGAGUCUUUAACUCUAAAGUAACUGAAGAGAACAAGAUUGAAGGGGAAAUUAUAGGAGACCUCCGCAUGAAGAACUGCACCACCGUCUUCUACAACAUCAGAAAGAAUUACAGUGGAGAUUAUUACUUUAGAUUAGAAACUUCAGGAAAACUGAAAUGGAAUUAUAAAUCUCCAUCAGUGUCUGUAAGAGUGGGAGCUUCUCCAAUCACUCCCUCAAUAACACUGUAUAAGGAGGAUCAGGGGGAGGUGGAGGACCAAAAUGAGGUGGUGGAGGGAACUUCAGUGAGUCUCAUUUGCUCUGCUCCAGCUCCUCCAUGUCUCUUAAAGCCACCCACUUUUACAUGGAACUUCCUGCCUGAGGAGAGAAGACAGGAGCAGAACCACAACACCAGCGUCAGCUCCUCUCAGCUGAACUUCAACGCUACUCACCUUCAUCAUGGACUCAAUUUCACCUGCACUGCCACCUACCAGCUCCAGAACAGGAACAAAUCAGCACAGAGCUCUUUUAUACUACAUGUUCUGUAUGCUCCUCAGAUCUCUCCCUCCUCCAGAUGUAACUUCAUUCAGGAUUUCUUCAACAGUUCCUGUGAGGUUCAUGGAAAUCCAUCUCCUAAACUAGAGUGGCGUCUCUCAGGUCAAAUUGUCCGACCCUCUGAGUUCAUAUCCACCUCGGAGUCAGCUAGCAACACAACCUUAAGAAGCUUUGUCUCCAUCCGGACAUCACUUAAUGGCAGUCUGCAGUGUGUUGGCUCCAAUAAGCUGGGAGUCGCCUCUCAGAUCUUCUCAUGUAUGAAAGUGGAUCACUGCUCUGCUGCUAAAGGUUCAGGUGUGGAUAUUUCCUCUGUGCUGACUGGUGCUGCUGUUGGAGCUUCAGUAAUGAUGAUGCUGUGUGGUGUAUUCCUGUGUGCAAGGAAAACACAAAACAAACCACCUACUAGACGAGAAGAUGCGUCAGAAAACGUGUUAAAUGAUGGGAAGGCUGAGGUCGAGGUCGAGGUCGAGGAUGAAGAGUCUGUGUAUGCGAACAAAACGGUUUUAUCAGAGUCACUUCAUUACUCCACUGUCGUGUUUCCAAGAGGAGAUGGAGGUGAAAUCAGAGGACUUUCCAAGCUCACUGCUGAUUACGCCAUCAUUCAUCACAGCUCCGAACAUCAAACCGAGGGAGGAGUUACAGAACCAACCAUCGAGGAAGACCAGGAAGAAAACGGGACAAAAACAAACAGUGAAAAGAAGCAAGAAGAGGAGGUAACUUACGGAAACAUCACACGUCAGCCAACGAUGGAGCAAACUCAGCUGGCUGAUGAUGAUGAUGAUGAUGAUGAAAUUAAAUAUAUUAAAGAAACUAAAGAGGCUAAAGAAAGAGAUAAAGAGCAGCACAAACACUCAGAAGAAGCUGAAGGUCUUUAUGCACAAAUUCAACCUAAUAAACAUGAACAGAAAGUGUGAAAUAAUCUAUAAAAUCGUCCAGUGUUUAAAAAUCUGCUCAGUUAUUCAAGCUACGUACAGGUGUUUCACCUUGUGAAAAUAUUACUGUUACAUUUCGGCCUGCAUCAAUUUUGUAAAGAUGGCACAUUAACGUAAUAAUCACGACUAAGAUUCAUAUAUAUAUAUAUAUAUAUAUACUCCCUCAAUAUAGUCUUCAGAGUUAAGUGCACUGAAAUUACACACAUCGGUAUUCAGGGGCGGAGUUUAUCUAAAACAGGGGCGUGUCUCAGUUACAUGUGAUUCUGAUCUUGAACUUAAGUGCAUGUUUGUUGCGUAAUGUUUCACGCUGAAAUUUAUAAUUUGCUGUAAAUACACUCACCCACACUAUGGAAUGUGAUUUGAGACUAAUAUUAAGUGUAUAAAUAUGACAGUAUUAAUUAAUUAAUUAUGUACUUUGUUUAAAGUCAGUGGGGGACAUCAGAGGAGACAUAUCUUUAUCAGAGACAUGGUUUAUAUCGAGGAGUAAACAGUUUAUAGAUGAAAUGAUGAAUGAAGUUAAAGUUUCUCUGUAAGCGUAGCAGAUGAGCGCUCGGUCAGUUAUCCUUCACACCGUGAGCACGUUUUCUUUACAGCAGAGCGCAUCGAAUUAACACAAACAGUGACUUUAUUUAUUAUUUUUCAACAAAUCCUAAAUUAAAAGUGAGAUAAAAUCACCUACAUC